UUUGCCUCACUUUUUCUAUAAUUUUCUUUGGAACUAUAUUUUUACUAUAAUUAAGCAAAUUAAAUGGAUAUUUUAACUUAUGAAUACAUUUCGGAGAACUUAAUGAAGCUCGUUAACAAUAAUAUUUGUUGCGUUUGCUUUUUCGGACCUUUCUACCACAUUGGAGACCGAGCUUAUAAACAAAUUUAUAACUUUAGUUUAAAAAUACAAAAUCAUAUAGUGAAUGGGCAUACAUUUAGGAGAAUAUACAAUUCUCGAUGCUGUCACUGCAUAGAUACUCAACGUCCAUUUCUUUUGAAUGAAACCUCGAAGAAAGAUGUUUUAUAUUAUCUCAAGCAUUGCAACAGUCUUGGAUUCUAUCAGGAUGGGCUGCCGUUUUCAUUAUUUAAAUCUUCUCGAUUAAAUCCCGCUCUACCUGCUAAUAGAUUUUCAAUAGAGCCAUUGCGACCAAAUACUUAUUAUUCUCCCACUUUAUCCGGCGAUAUGGUUCCAGAGUCUUGGCGAUUGUAUCCAUUUAAACAAGAACUUCUUAAAAAGUUGAGACAGAACAGAGUUCUUGUGGUCAAUGGUGACACUAGCUUGGAGAAGUCUACUGCAGUUCCAUUAAUAAUCGUCGAGGAUUCCGUUGCAAAGAAUUUUUAUUGCAAGAUCUUGUGCGUGGAAACGGAUAAUUUAACAGCCAUAACUAAUAGCACUUUCUUAGCUGAUCAUUUGAACGAACGUAUUGGAAGUAGAGUAGGAUUUCAGGUUUAUCUUCAGAGUCGUGUAUGCGACAACACUAACAUAAUCUACACAACCGCAGUUUUUUUCCUGCGAGUUUUAAUGGGACAGGAUACGAAUGAGAGCUUCCGCUAUAUAACUCAUGUUGUUCUCUCCGAUAUUCACUUGCACCAUGCUUACAAAGAUAUUUGUAUGAAAGAACUUAAAAUCAUAUUACCACAUUAUCCGCAUCUUAAAGUCAUCCUUCUUUCGGAUAGUACUGACAACAAAAGCUUUCUUUCUUAUUUUGGAGAAGGAGAAGAGUUUAGUAUUAUAGCACAAUUAAACAAAGUUAAUAUAUACAAUUUGGAAGAAAUAAUUGAUUUGAUAAAAUUAGCCCCAUCAACUUCACAAGUAGACGAUAUCAUUACAACAAAAAGAACUAAAGACAGUGACAUUGCUGAUAAAGCUCUUGAAUAUUACGAUGCAUUGGGAAAUGAAAGCGCAUGGAAUAAUUUAAUAUAUUUGAUUAACAGUGAACAAAUAAGUGUUAACUACCAUCAUUCAAAGAAUGGUUAUACCGCCAUCAUGGCUGCAGUUAAACACGAUAACCCUUUUCAUGUAAGAUGGCUUUUGAAUAAUGAAAAUGAAAACCAAUUGUAUCAAGAGAAUUUAAAAUUUAAUACACUGCAGUACGCUAUUUUGAUUAAUAGUUACAACUGUAUUGCAGCCUUAACAAAUGAUGUUGACAUAACCAAGUAUGAACUCAAACCACCGUCUAUCGAGUUUGACUUGAUAAUCAAACUAAUUCACUUUAUAACAAAUAACUUGGAGUUUGGAAAUAUUUUGAUCUUCCUCCCCUCAUAUUAUCAUUUGCUUAAACUUAACUACGCUAUUUUAAAAAAUCAAUUUUUGGGAAAAAUACAUCAGGAAAUAAGAAUAUACUUACUAUAUGCCAGUAUGAAAGCUGAACAAUUACAGCAGAUUCUAUUUGACAAAGCUAAAAUAAUUUUAGCUACUGAAGUGGCCGAAUGCAUUUUUUAUUUAAACGACAUAACAUAUGUCAUAGAUACUGGUCGGGUUUCUAGAGAAAAAUAUAAUUUGGAAUUCAAGCACAAUGAAUCUAAAACUGAAUGGGUUUCCCAAGAAAGUUUAAGAAGACGAUCUUUGAUUGCAAGUCGAUACAAAGAUGGUUAUUGUUUCCAAAUGAUUUCCCGUAAAAUAUUCAACAAACUACAGGCAAUGUGUCCACCUGAACUUCAUUAUAUACCAAUUAAUCGAAUAUCUUUAACAGUGAAGCUUCUAAGGCCUAGUAAUAUGGUAACGCAAUAUUUCCAAGAUACAAUAAUACAGCCUCCUAAGGCACACAUUGAACAUAGCAUUGAAUUCUUGAAAACCAUUGAAACUUUUGAUUCGACUCUAGAAGUAACAUGGUUGGGAUGUCGUUUAAUUGACGUGCCAAUUAAUCUAGAACUAGGAAAAUGUCUUGUGAUGUCAAUUUUAUUUAAGUGCCUCGACCCAGUGCUAACCAUUAUGAGUUUUUUAACAUACAGCAAAAGUUUAAAAUUAAUCAAGCAAAACAUCACUGAAAAAAAUGUGAACUCCUUUUGUUGUGCUGACGAGUCUUUUUCGGAUCACUUAGAGUUUUUGGAACUAUACCAAAUUUGGCAGAAUGAAAAACGAACAAAAAUAGGAACAGACAUCCUCAUCAGUGAUGAAGAAACAUUUAUAUUGAAUGGAAUACUAGAAAAUGUGUGCGAAAUACGAACUAAUUUGGUUGGUGCCCUGCGAUCAUCACAACUUAUACAUAACCAAGGAAUUUUAAGUAUGCAUUCCAUCAAUUUGAAGGCCAACAACUGGGCUAUUAUAAAAGCAGCCAUUGCAGCUGGACUUUAUCCUAAAUUCUGUAUGAUAAAUCCAACUUAUAAUAAUAUUAAAUCAAAGUCAUCGAAAUUAUACAUAGAUGCUACGUCAAAUCUGCAUCCGAUGAAGCUUCAAAAAGUUAAAUCAUCACCAUUGUCAGAUUGGAUUGUUUACUAUAAUGAAUCGAAUCAUUUGACCUUCAGUAGCAUUUCAAACUGUACUCUUAUAAGUUCUGCUUGUGUAGCCUUGUUUGCUGGAAAAGCAGAAAUGAAUUCUAAAAAUUUAGUUUUUGUUAAGGACCGAGCUGGUUAUUUUAUAGAUGAAAACAUUUGGCUUAUAACUGACAUUCAAAGCGCAUUACUCUCUUUUAAAUUGCGUCAACUAUUUUAUAGAGCUUACAUGGAUUAUCUGCAAACUUGUGCAGAUAUUGAAAAAUGGAAAAAACCAAAUGAAAGUAAUAGUUUUUUUAAUGUUUUAAGUAAAAUACUUUUGGAAGAAGAUAAAAGCGCAGGUUUUUCACAGCCAAAUCGUGUUGGCAACCGACCAAAAGCAAUAGCCAAUAAAUUCACAACUGAAUUUGAAUUUUUCAGCAAUUCCAAUAGGAUGGAUUUAAAAAAGCAAUCAAGCGAACUUAAAACAUCUCAUCAUACUUUUAAUAUGUUGGGAAGGGAAUUUUUCUUGAUAAAUAUCUUUUCUUUCCAUCAAUCGCUUAAAUCUUUUUGGAAGUUACCUACGAAGGAUAUAGUAAACGAUCCGCAUUUGAAGGUUAUCAGUGAAAUGGCUUCGAAAGAAAAGCUAAUUUAUAUUUUAGUUUGCAGUGCAACUAAAAAACGAAUUACAAAUAUUGCACUUUUGAAAUAUGAAAACGGAGAAUUUGUGUUAAAGAAUUGCUUCAAAAUAAAUAUACCGCUACAUGAGAUCAUUAUAACAUGUACAGCUUUAAAUGUCAGCUUGCCUCCUCUUACGCCGGACGGGAUACCUCAUAAGAUCGAUAAGAGAGUUGGUGAAAUCAUUUUGGAUCUUUGGUAGUUUUAAUACAAGUAUCCUCGCCAAAUUUUGAAAGUUCAGAAGUAUGCUGCAUUUAUUAUUUAUAUUCAUAUUAUCCAUCUAUUCUAAGAUUUUUUCAUAAAUCCCAAAGGAGUAUAUGUAACAGGAUAAAUGAUUAUGUACAUUUAACACUGCCAGCUUACAAAGCGGAAUAAAAUUUUAAACAAGUCAUGCAAAAGUAUUGUAUAAUGUAUUUUAAAAUGGUAAUAUUUGAUACAAUAUUUAUAAGUUUUUUAAAAGAUUUUUUUUUAGCUUCAUUUAGUGUUUUUUUUAUUAUUUUGUUUUUGAUCAAUUUUUAUAAUUUAUUAUGUUUAUUUACACAAAAUUAUUGAUUUAUUUACUUUGUAACUAUUAACCUUUUAUUUAAAGUUAAGUUUUUAUUUAUUAAGUGAAUCCAGAAUAAAUAAUAUGU